AUGACCCGCAGGCGCCCGUCCGUGGGCAUGUAUGUUUCUGCUGCGGAGGCUCCGAAACCGAGAAUGGCCAAAGACAAGCCAUAUGCGGAAGCCGUGUCAACAGCUUGGCAUGCUGACCCUGCACUGCAGGGUAAGGGGCCUUUCGUCACGGAGCCUCUUGUGUACGAGGACGAGGUUGGAGUUCGCAGACUCCACGGGCGGAUUGUGAAACCACCCAAACCUAACGGAGCCGGUGUGGUGGUCGUCCAUACCGCAGUCGGUCCACGUGACAUGUACCUGCACUGGCGAGCAGAAGUUCUGGCCGCCGGUGGUUACACAGUACUCAUUGCCGACAUGCUUGGCGACGAGUUGGGCCAAGCAUGGGAGCCGGAAUGGGGAGCUCUCGUGCGUCAGCCUUUGGCCGACGAUCGUGGCAUGAGCCGACAAAGGAUGCGAGCUUCUGUCCGUGCGAUGGCGGAAGUGGGAGGUGUCGAUCCACAACGGAUCGGGGCCAUUGGUUAUUGCUUCGGAGGUCGUGCCGUGCUUGAUUUAGCCCGCUUGGGCCCUGCAGCAGGAGUCACAGCGGUGGUCUCGUUCCACGGGAUUCUGGACGAUGGUGUGGUGCCUCCAGAAGACAUGUCGGCCAAAGAUGCGCCACGUGUUCUGGUCUGCCACGGCGAUGCGGACCCCUUUGUCACUGCAGAUGGUCGGGCAGCGUUUGAAAAUCAGAUGCGCUCGGCAAAGGCUCGGUGGGACAUGCUGGUCUUCGGUGGCGUCCGGCAUGGCUUUACAAAUCCAGCGCAGGAUUUGAAUCCCAACGCGGCUUUCGGUUAUUCGGCAAGAGCAGCAGCCUUGUCAUGGCGGGCAAUGGAGGACCUUUUCGCGGAAGCGCUGCAGGAAAGAGAGUAA